CAAGGAUGUUGGUGGUGCCACUGCUUGGCUAACACACUCACACACACGCACGCACGCGUUUAUGUCCUCCAAUUUGAGCUGCUUUGAGCCCCACCGUUUCAUCUGGUGCUAUCAGGGCAGAUGAGAGCCUCUUGUCUUCCUCGGUCGGCUGCAGCUGUGGGGUGACACACAGUUGGGCUGUGAAGGAUGUCCAAGCCUGGCUGCCUGAAAUGACAGUUUUGUGAAAAUCAAGCAUCCAAGCUUGUGUAAUGGUUUUGUCAUGAUGUUGUCUUCAUGGAUGUUGGUGACGGCCGUCCUGGUCACAUCUGCCGGUGGGGCGAGCGACGAGGACGACACCCAGCCAUGUGCGAAGGUCCACACCUCGAGCUCGGCUGUGCCUCUGGGGUCACCUGUCACCGCCACCUGCGUCAUCAGAAAGGACUGCCUUCUGGUCACCGCACAAGCUGCUCCGAUUGAGUGGCGUCUUGGCUCUGACUUUAUUCCCAGCAGCCCCGUGGCCAAUGAGAGGUUCAGGGUUUCUAAGGUUGUGGUAUCUAGCUUCAAUCACACCAGGGCAGUCCUCACCUGCGGCGUUUGUUUACCCGACAACGAGUCUUCAUUUCAAAUCUAUGCAGGAGUUGAGAUCCGAGCUGGAUAUCCACCACAAAUCCCCCAGAACCUGAACUGUCAGGCAAACUUCACCUAUCGCCCCACCCUCACCUGUAGAUGGGACCCAGGACUGCAGGAGACACACCUCCCGACAAAAUACACCCUCUACACUCAGAUAUGGGACUUAGACAAGAAUUAUACCUAUGAGCUACCUUCAGGAGUCCACCACUACACCAUCCCUCGCUCUAACUUUGUUCUGUUCUCUGAAAUGAAAAUCUACGUGAAGGCGGAGAAUAACCUUGGAGAGGCAGCAUCAGUGCCCAUCAUCCUGGAGCCAGUUGGUGCAGCAAAGUUUGACCCACCAAAGAUUCGAGCCAUCACAGCAGACCCCAAAAGGUUGGGCUGCCUGAAGCUGGUGUGGCGCUUGUCCCAAAAUCAGGAAUGGAUGUACUUUAACUGUUUAAACCUACAAGUGCAGUUUAAAGCUGCUGGCAGCGGCCAAUGGUCCGACCCACUGACCUUCCCAAACAGGACUAGAUCGCCCAGACCGAUGGAUUUGUGUCGUCUCCUUCCUGGGACUGAGUAUUUAGCCCAGAUCAGAGUCCAAUACAAGCAGAGCCCCUGGAGCGAGUGGAGCAGCAGCAAGUCUGGAGUCACCCCGGAGACAGCUCCUGUUGGACGUUUGAACACGUGGAUGAAGGUUUCCAAAAGCCAAAUGCACAAGCAGCUCGACGUACAAUUGUUCUGGAAGCCAUCAAGACGUUUCCGCGCAAACGGACAAAAUGUGUCCUACGUGGUCUCGCUCCAGAAACGGCUUGGUGAAAGGUGGAAAGUUUGCUCCACAGGCAUGAAUCACUGUACUUUCAAGCUUUCUGCAAGAGUAAAGACAGUAUAUCUGACAGCUGUGAACAGAGCAGGAGCAUCUUCCCCUACUGAAGUGUGGAUUUACCAAACUAAAGCUCAGACGGCGGUGUUGGAUGUCACAGCUGUUCCUCAUGAUGGAUCAUUCUUGGUCCAGUGGACAACCGCGGCCCCAUCAGACCUCACUGGUUACGUGGUAGAAUGGAGGCCUUUGUUAAAAUCAGACCUCUCACACAUCCUGUUUGAAAUUGUGGACAAAAACCAGUCCAGUCUUUCCCUUUAUGGCAGCUUUGAGCCCUACAAGCCCUACGGGAUCUCCGUAUAUCCCAGAUUUAAGGAUGGGAUCGGGCCUCCGCAAACUGUUGAUGCCUUCUUGCAACAAAAGGCUCCAGAUGUGGCUCCUAAAAUGCAAAUUAAAAAGAUCUGGAAGUCAUCUUUUGAGCUUUCCUGGGAUGAGAUACCUUUAGAGCAAAGGAACGGGAUAAUCAAAGACUAUAAAGUCUUCUACUGGGAGGACAAAGGAGUAGUUAAGGCUGUGACUGUAGAGCCAAAAGAGAGAACAGUGAUCCUGAGAGACCUGAACACCGGGACUCUGUGUGAAGCAUUCAUGAUGGUCAGCACGUUUGGCGGGAGCCUGAAUGGGUCAACGAUUCAUUUUGAAGUCGAGCCCUUUGACGUGGUCGCUGUUGCAAUGACUGUAAUUGCUUCAGGUGUUGGAUUGAUGAUUUUUAUAAUAAUUACCGUCCUGACUUGUUUAAUCAAACACAAAAGGUUGAAGGGGCACUUUUGUCCCGCUGUUCCUGAUCCAGCCAACAGCAGCGUGAAACGAUGGACAUUAGAAUCAAAUCAGUACAUCCGUUCUUCCUGGGAAAGUGAGGAGCCAAAUCCAGUAUAUCUGUCGCACCUUAGCUUCCUGGAGUCGACCGCAAUUCUGAACAAAGAAGAUGACGUUUGGUUAAACAGCACUGAUGACACCAGUGAUCUUGGAGAGUCCAUUUGUGGUUCGCCGUUUACUCCUGGAUGUUCUGGUUCUAACAGCGACUCUGUUCCUUAUGCCACUGUCUUCUUCUCCGGCCCGCCACUCAAACAGCCUCAUGUCUAUCUGCGCUCACAAUCCACGCAGCCCCUCUUAGAAACAGAAGAGUCUUUCAGUCCCAAAUGCUACCAGAACGUGACGAGGGAUGAGAUGUCAAGGGAGCAGUGUUUUUUCAGUCCAUGUGAUGGUUGUUCACCUGAACGAGAGAAAGAGUCCACCAUUGUUUGGGAUGACUUUCCUUUUCUCCAGGCAUUAGCAAUGAAUGAUGCAGAAAAUGACUGAAAGUGUGCUGCUGACUGCGAGAAUAAAUUGAUUUGUUGUUAAUUAGCUUGUACAUUUUAGAUUUAUUUUUCAAAUCUGUUAAAUAUUUCUUGAUUUUGAUGGCUACAUAUAGCAUGUACAUGCUUCUUGAGAAAAUAAAAUGUUUUUACAUUGCUUUGUAUGAAAA